CAGAAAACAGUUUAGAAGAUCAAGAUGUUGACUAACUUGUGGAUAUUUGCAGUGAGUCAUCAGAAAAUGCCUAGCAUGCACAUUCAUAAUAUAUGCUGCUGUAUAAAAGCAAGUUUAAAAAGAUCAAAGCCAUGGAUACUUCUUGGGAGAAAUUACAGUUCCUUACCAGGUACAAAUUAUAUACCUAAUAAUGCAUUUUCCCUCCCCUUUUUAAACAGAAUCCGUAAUAUUGGAAUUAUGGCUCAUAUUGAUGCAGGCAAAACUACCACCACAGAAAGAAUAUUGUACUAUUCUGGAUACACAAGAUCAUUGGGAGAUGUUGAUGAUGGAGAUACAGUAACAGAUUUCAUGGCUCAGGAGCGAGAAAGAGGCAUUACCAUUCAAUCAGCAGCUGUUACUUUUGAUUGGAAGGGGUAUAGAGUCAAUCUAAUUGAUACACCAGGUCAUGUGGAUUUUACCCUGGAGGUUGAGCGCUGCUUACGAGUAUUGGAUGGUGCGGUGGCUGUAUUUGAUGCCUCUGCUGGUGUAGAGGCCCAAACUCUUACUGUAUGGAGGCAAGCUGAUAAACACAAAAUACCUCGGAUCUGUUUUUUAAACAAGAUGGACAAAACUGGAGCAAGUUUCCUCUAUGCAGUUGAAAGUAUCAGAGAGAAGUUAAAGGCAAAGCCUUUGCUUUUACAGUUACCGAUUGGUGAAGCCAAAACUUUCAAAGGAAUUGUGGAUGUAGUAAGUAAAGAAAAACUUCUUUGGAAUCCUAAUUCAGAAGAUGGAAAAGACUUUGAGAGAAAACCCCUCUUGGAAAUGAGUGAUCCUGAAUUGCUGAAGAAGACACUUGAAGCAAGGAACAGCUUAAUUGAACAAGUUGCAGAUUUGGAUGAUGAAUUUGCUGCUUUGGUUUUAGAAGAAUUUAGUGAAAAUUUUGAUUUGCUACCAGCUGAAAAGCUGCAGGCUGCAAUACACAGAGUGACUCUGGCCCAAACAGCAGUGCCCGUGCUUUGUGGAAGUGCCCUGAGAAACAAAGGUGUCCAGCCCUUGCUAGAUGCCAUCACUAUGUACUUGCCUUCACCUGAAGAGCGGGAGUAUGAAUUUCUCCCGUGGUAUAAGGGUGACUUAUGUGCACUGGCAUUUAAAGUUCUCCAUGACAGGCAGCGAGGACCACUGGUUUUUAUACGCAUUUACUCAGGCACAUUGAAGCCCCAGCUGGCCAUCCAUAAUGUUAAUGGAAACUGCACAGAGAGAGUGAGUCGUCUACUCUUGCCAUUUGCUGACCAACAUGUAGAAAUCCCUUCCCUCACUGCUGGCAACAUUGCUUUGACUGUUGGGCUCAAACAUACUGCUACUGGAGACACUAUUGUCUCAUCCAAGUCUAGUGCAUUAGCUGCAGCUCGCCAAGCCAGAAAGGAGGGAGAAAAGAAGCACAGGCAAAACAGUGAUGCCGACAGGCUUUUAUUGGCUGGGGUAGAGAUUCCAGAACCUGUUUUCUUCUGUACCAUCGAACCCCCAUCAGUGGCUAAGCAGCCAGACUUGGAUCAUGCAUUGAAAUGUCUCCAGCGUGAAGAUCCCAGUUUAAAAGUGAAGCUAGAUCCUGACUCAGGACAAACCAUCCUGUGUGGCAUGGGGGAGUUACACAUUGAGAUAAUCCAUGACCGGAUCAAGAGAGAAUAUGGCCUGGAGACCUAUCUGGGGCCUCUCCAGGUGGCAUACCGAGAGACCAUCCUAAACUCAGUUCAUGCCACAGAUACCUUAGAUAGAACUUUAGGAGACAAACGACAUCUUGUUGCUGUAGAACUGGAGGCAAGGCCAACAGACGCUCCAUCUGUGGAGCCAGUAAUUGAGUAUGCUGAAAGUAUCAGUGAAGAUCUUCUGAAGGCCUCUCAGGAGGCUAUUGAAAGUGGAAUCCACAGUGCAUGCCUUCAAGGACCAUUGCUUGGAUCACCAGUUCAAGAUGUGGCAGUUACUUUGUAUUCACUGACAGUUCAUCCUGGAACCUCCACAACUAUGAUUUCUGCCUGUGUCUCAAGAUGUGUACAGAAGGCUCUAAAGAAAGCUGACAAGCAAGUAUUAGAACCUCUGAUGAAUCUGGAAGUUACAGUGACCAGAGAUCACCUCAGCCCUGUCCUGGCAGACCUGGCACAAAGAAGAGGCAACAUUCAGGAAAUCCAGACUCGCCAGGACAACAGAGUUGUUAUUGGAUUUGUUCCCUUAGCAGAAAUUAUGGGUUAUUCAACUGUGCUUCGGACACUCACAUCAGGCUCAGCGACUUUUGCCUUAGAAUUGUCUUCUUAUCAAGCCAUGAGUCCUCAAGACCAAAGCAUGCUGCUCAGCCAGAGAAGUGGUUCUGCCUAAGUGUUUUAGGUCUGUGGAAAUGGAAAGAAGUUCAGGAGCGUCUCCCACCUGCUUCAUUUUCACUUUCAGGCCAGAACUUUUAGCACAUUCAGAGUAUUGGAUAAAAGACACAACUUAAACUGUCAAUAACACCAGAGCUGCCCAUUUUAGAAAAUAGUAUGUGCUCUUUUACAGUAAACACAUCUGAAGUUGUUCUUA